AUGGAGGAUGAAGCUUCGCAUUAUGGCAGUGAGGAGAACUCAAGCGACGUUGAUUCGAGCGGGGAGCAGGCUUCAUCUGAUUUCGAACCUUCUUCUGGGGAAAAUGACGGAAGCGAUGGAGAUCAUGCAAGUGGUGAGAACAACGCAAGCAUGGUUUCCACAAGUGGUGAUGCCUUUGAUGUUGAGAACGAUAUCACCGUCGGAGAAGUGGAAGGAGGUGGCUACUUCAAGCGGAAUUUUGAUGACGUGGUGCAGCUUCUCGACGGUCCAUACAACUACGGCAGCCAGCAACUAGUGGAAGCUCUAAAUCUCCAAAAUGUCGACCCCAAACUCCGUGUCCGAAAAGGUGAUCUCGGGCCAACUACAUCCCAGAUCAACAGUCUAAUAUGCAGAACCAAGUUAGAAGAAGCAAAAACAGCUCUUCUUGCGGGUUCAUCCUGUAGAGGUCUGUUGGCGCAAUGGGAUGACUUUGGUCCCGUUACACUAGACCAGUUGCAAGCUAUGAUCAAGAUUAAGGAUGCUACAGCGACGUUCCGUGACGUUGAGCUCACUACCGCAUGGAUCGACAAUCUACAAUGGCCCACAGCAAGCGUGAUGGCUCCUUUUGGUAAUAUUGAGUCUACCAUCAAGGACGAGCACAAGCGCAAAGUUGAAGAUAUAAAUUUAGGAGAGACCUUCUUGGAGGGAGAAAUUUUCGAGGGUACAAAGCUACUCCAAUGGCGAGAGGAGCAGUGGCUUAAUACUACGUGCAUUACGGCGACUUUGAUGGCUCUUCGGGAGCGGUAUUGGAACGUGGGGAUCAUUAACCCGUGCUACGCACGCUUCGUACAGGACAAGACGAAGAAGCAGGUGGCGGCGUCGUUUGGAGCCUUCAGAGAUAACAAGGAUCGUAUCAUUGGGUGCAUCAACCUGACAGACGCGCACUGGGUUGCGUUCCACAUUAACCCCAGCACACGUCUCGUCCGCAUGUUUGACCCGCAGCAGAGUCAAGCCCAGUACGCGCAGAUUAAAGUCAGUGUUUCGACUAUUGAGCCCCUGCUUCAUGAGGGAGGUACACUGACCUUUGAGCGCAUCGACUGGUGUGCGCAACGGGAUGGACAUUCCUGUGGAGUCUGA